ACAUCGCAAUUAGUUUGACCCCCAUGACCGUUCGAUCCUUUGUGGAGUCGCCAUGAGGCUUGUGCAAUUGAUGAUCCGCGCCACUCAAGCGCCGUCAUUGUACCCACGCCGGAUCCGGCAAAGCAAUUGCGCAAACGACCACAGAGGGUACAUUGUGCACUCUCCUCCAACAACGUCCGCGUUUACUUUCAAGAGGCACCGCGAGGUCCAAGCGCUCGCGACGUGUCACGAGCCAAUGUCACAGGGCUGCAGCGCCGUUGUACUUUUUGAGCGAAUGCCAAACACAGACCCGGGGCAUGGAGGGCCUUGGUUUCUCGUGGGCACCAGUGCAGCAAUAAACCCCUUCCGCCAAGACACAUCUGCGUCAGGCACCACUUGAGCUCCAUUCAAGCCAUUCGGUGCCUUGCUCAUCGAGUCGACGUCAUGGACAACGACGCGAAAUGAUAUGGCGUGCUUUCUGCAAUCGAAACCGAUACCGGAUACCAUUAUCCGGUCUUGAAACUGUCGCCAAGCCAUAAGAUGGUCCGCAUCAAGGUGCGCGUGUUCACGUUCUCGAUCGAUCCGACCGUGGAGCACUCUUACCUCGUGGGAAGCGCUGCGGGUGGCUUGAGCUCCGCCAUCGGGAUGAUCGUCCUGGACGACGACGACGACUUGACAUUUGCAUCGGUGCGCCCGCGGAUUGAGCUGAAAGAGGAAAACGGUCUCAUCCGGCGAAACCUCAUGUUCCAAGAAGCAUUGUUCCAGAUGACCGAGGCACGGAAUCCCCAUCAAUGGCCGACUCACACGCUGCAAACGUACUGGCUUGGAUACUACAAGAAUGAGGACGACAUGACCCCAACCAUCAUCCCCGUGCGCUCGCUCCCAACUGAUUGCUAGCUCAUGGCACACUUGCUUUGCGUAUAGACCGAAGACGAGGCCAGGUCGCUCCGGGAUGUGCUGGAUAUGAAGUCGACGAAAGUGACGGCGGAUUUGAUCAUCGUACCGCAGAGUCAAAUUGGACCGGUGUGCGCCAUGUGCUGCCAGGGGUGUGCUCUAUGCCCCGCAAUUCAGCUCCACGCAACUCCACGAUAAUGCGAACGGGUGCAAUGAAGCAGAUUCCUUCAAUGUUGCCGUGCAAACACACUGCUGUCGGCAAUUCUGAUGGAUCUGGUCGAACGUUUGAAGGGGCAUGUCGUUUGGAGGGUCACCUUGAGGCGGCUGGCGCAUUCUGAGCUCCAAAGGUCAUGGCGCAAACUUGUCUGUCAUCACGCCGUGGCAGAUCAGGGGCAUCGCCGUGAAACCACGCGUCCAGUAGUCAGUCUUAAUGCAGGACGGAAUAUUAUAACUCAGUUAUAAUCCUGGA